CCGGAAAACCCCAGGCCGCGAGGGUUCGUUUGGGCGCGAGCGCGCGCGCGGAGAAAGAACCAAUUUAAUUGAAUUCCCUUUCGAUGGGAAACGUGCCGUGAGGCGAGGCAGAAAAAGGGCCGCUCGGUUUCUGUUUGUGAGUGCAACUAAUCUGCGGUAAUUCUGCCCCAGUUCGUGAGCGGCGAAGGCAACAGAUUCAGCGUGCACCGCGCUAGCAGCUAGUGUUUGGGUUCGCCGUUGUCAUAAUACGCAAUCAGGACGAUCAAUCCAGCCGUCGGUCCGGUGCGUUGUGCAUUAUCAGUCGGUGGAAGUUUGCUCGAAAAGUCCACCAUCGGCAGAAUCUGUCCGGGGCCGGAGAGCAACCGGCUUGAGCUGAAUACUGUCUGCGAAAAAAGGUGCCAGGAUUGAAGAACCCGGACGGCAGGGGGCUAUCGGGUGCGAUCGGCACCGCACCGUUCCCUUGAACCUGUCGGGCAACGAAGAAGCCAAAGUGAGACAGAUCAUGGCCACCGCUCCGCUGGUGCUACUGUUGGCGUCGAUCGCCUUGUGCUGGUGUCCGCUGCUGCUGGCCGGUGCAUCGGCCGAACAUCAUAACACGUCACACACGAAAGACUGUUCCCGGUUUCAUCAGCAGUGCGUUCGCUGCACGGACACGGCAUGCAUCAAGUGCACCGACCUGCUGCAGCUCGACACGGGCGAGUGCUUGAGCGAGUGCCCGGCGGGCUAUGCGGCCCAGUGGUCCACCACAUCCGAGGUGAUGGGUCGCGUUUGUCUGCCGGUCGGCAUGUCCGGUUCGUUGCUGGCCGCGGUAGCCGGAAUCGCGGCCGGAGCCGUGCUGUGCGUCAUGCUGGUCAUCAGCGCGAUGGCGAUCAUGAGACGCCGUCAGAAACGCAAGAAGUACCGCGAAUCGUUCAUCGACGAGAACAUCGAUCGGCUGGAGUUCCUGCGCCAGCUGGACGAGUUGCGCCCGCAGGCCGAGUACUUUCUGCAGAUGCUCAACGAUACGCGGCGCCAGAUCCGGAAGCUGCACCUGGCCGGAGACAGUACCGGUGCCGCUACCUACCACCCGGUGGUACGCGAUCUCGCCAAAAUCCUCAUCCUGCUCAACAAGCCGAUCGAGCUGAUCAAUGCGCCACCCCAUGACUGGCAGCGACUGUACGUCUGGGCCGAGCGGGUUCUCGAUCGCUACAAACCGGAACUGGCGCAGUUGAUCGAGUUUCUGCAGCAACCAGCCACAGCGCACUCGCCGUCAGCGUCCGAUCGUCGACUCGGUUCGUCGGACCACUCGACGUUUAAGGCGGCGUUCCAUCUGCAGCAGCAGCAGCAAGCCGGAAGCGGCGGCGGGAUGGUGGGAGCGGCUCACAGCACCAACGAGAGUGACCUGUCGCCCAGCCUGAGCCGCAAGAACGAGCGCAAUCUGCUGCAGCCGGAGCUGAUCCAGCUGCAGAAGCAUCGCACCUUGCCGACGAUGCAAACGACGCACCAUUUCCUGGGGUCGCUCAUCAGUCUGCACGAGUUCGACGAACGGUCGUCCCACACGACCGAUACUAGCUCGAACCAUCACUCCACCGGUGGCAGCAAUCCGUUCGACGAUACGUUCGAUCACGUGCGCACCUACCUAUCGACGUCCGGUAUGAACGACAGUUCGCUCUGGCUGCAGGACGAGUUCUUCAAGCUGGGUUUCCGACCGCAGGACGAAAUCACGACCGAACUGUAGCCCUCAGUCCGGGGACUUUCAAACCACCAUUCCAGUGCAAAUUAUGAACAGCGAACGCCCCACCAAUCGGGAUUCAAUAGGAACAGGAACAGGGAUCCCCGUAGGAUAGCGGUGUGGGCCCAAGAUGGGCGGAGUAGUUCGUGGGACCACCGUGGGCACAUCGGUCAAUAACAGGGAGAUAGAGACAGAUACACACUGUACUAGUCAGCUUCUAGCAGGUUCAGAUAGAUGAGGGUGCAUGAUCCCUCUGAGCCCCAGGGUAUCGACCGCUAGAACGAAGGAUCGGUGCUACGUCGUCGUACCCCGAGCGGUUGGUGGCUAAGCGAUGUAAAAUAAAUUUAAAAUGUUAAUACACCAAUUGCUUAUGUGUCCUCCGGGAGCGAAGACAGCAUGGUUAGCAUAACAGCAUCGUAAGGGCGCGCGUAGCUAUAUUCAGCGUACUAUUUAUCAGUUCUCUGCGCCAAAGUGAGUCCAUCCAAAGGGAGUUAACUGGCGUUUUGUUAUGCAAACGUUUGGUCAAUGGAAUCAAUCAUUUCUGUUUUCUUCUAAUCUUAGAAAGUGUACAGAGAUCAAGUAUUUUACGGAAGAAAAAUUUGCUCUUCAGUACCACUGUACGGAAACAAAUGUCGUCUUCUCUACGGUCCGGAGGUGCUAUUUGAAGAAAAGCGGUAAAAACUGGCGAAGCGAGGUGCUUGUGAAUAAGGACAGUAGUAAUAAAACCGUAUUAUUCUUAUAAAAAGGCAAAAGU